GAAGCUUACGAUUAACAUGGUAUAAUAGUUUUAAUCUAAAGUGAAAGAAUCCUUUGAAUAUAAACAUCUAUGAAAAGUCCGCAAUUGGUUUAUUACAAACAUUACUUACACACUACCAUCGAGAACCUGGAAAGCACCAGCAUACUGAAAAAGCACAAUUGUUUAAAAGAGAGCGAAUAAAAGCCUUUCAAUUAAUCUUCUUUGCUUUUUAGUUAUUGUUAAAGUUAAUAAUGGGAAAUUGCUGCUCACGCUUUGGCAGUUCUGAUGAGAUUGAUGAAGUUACUCCACUUCUUCCUAAUGAAGGAAUUCAAAGGACUGCUCCUACUGCUGAGGCAGAUAUGAGCCUAAGGAAACGUCAAGAAGAAGAAGAAUUGGAAACUAAAGUAUAUGAAAAUGCAAAGAACAAAUUCAUAGACGUAUUUUCUAUGCGACUAAGGACGGAGGCUCCUGAAAGAAAUCAAGAUGAAAACACUUAUGAGGAGCUGAUGGAUCAAAUGAACUCACUGGAUCUAACGCCAGAAUAUGAAAGGAGUACACCGACAGAACAGGAUCAAGAGUAUAUCCAAAAGAAGUUGGACAUUUUUCUUCGGGAGAUAAAGGCUAUGAAGUUCAACACAGACAUGAUUCAAGGAAAAAUGAUUGUGAAUUUGUCCAAAGUAAAGCCAACGAUGGGUGAAAGCCCGUCUUGAACAUAUUACAUUCAUAUGGAUUAACCUCAAGGAAUGCAAUGUUUCCAGAUUAGAAAAACUUAAACUUUGGGACUCUAUACAGUUUUUGGAAUAUAAUUUAAUACUAAUGAGCAUAUUAAUUUAAUAUGUGAUGUCCAAUGCUACAUGAACUCAUACUUUGUCGUUAAUUGUUAUAAAAGAUCUUAGUAAAAAAGAAAGCAAAGUCAUUGUUGCUUGAUGCCUUGAUUACAGUAUGCAUCUGAUUUUCUGAAUCAUUAAUAAUAUAAGGAUAUUCAUAAUCCUGGAAUAGUAAAUCCUUGUCUAA